UCAAUUAUUGCAGUAAAUUCAUUAGAUGUAAAUGGUAUUUGGGAUUAAAAAAGAGACAACUGCUUCUCUUCCAAAAUGGAUAAUGGUAGGAGUUAACUGUAACGCGAGCACAGGGCUUUUAUUUAGUUUUGACGCACGCUCGGUCCGGUGUGUUGGGUCUCGCACGAGCGUGAUGUGAUGACCGUCAAUUUAAAUAAAACUAGCCAUAUUUUAGCUGCAUGUUUGACAUUCACGUUUUCUAGUGUUAUUUUUCAUAGAGGGUAACAAUGUAUCCAGUAACUGAGCCACGGAUACUUUGAGCGAGGGGUGCGUGCAGUUCAACUUUUAGUGGACAUUGAUAUGUUAAUUAUUUGGAUUAAAUCACCUUUAUUUUAAAGACAAUGUAAUCAUGAUAAACUUGUCAUUAGUGGGAAACCGAUUCAAGACAAAUCAUUGCUGCUGGACGUUUCAGAUUUCAAGUGUUGAAGACUUCCAUCCUGAAAGAAUGGGACUUUUAUGCAUUUGCCUGCUCAUUUGUGAGAUAAUCCUGUUGUCGGACUGUGCACGGGGGCCUCCCCGCGUGGCAGAGAAGAUCGCCCACCGGCAGACGGUGCGGAUCGGGCGCACCAUGAAGCUGCAGUGUCCAGUGGAGGGCGACCCGCCACCCCUCAUCAUGUGGACCAAGGACGGUCGCAACAUCCACAGCGGCUGGAUGCGCUUCCGGGUGCUGCAGCAGGCACUGCGCAUAAAAGAUGUGGAGGGCGAGGACUCAGGCACCUUCAUCUGCAAGGCCACCAAUGGCUUUGGCAGCGUCAACAUCAACUACACCCUCAUCGUCAUCGAUGACACCAGCACUGGGAGGGAUGGAGCUGGAACAGCGGGAGACGCAGAAUACAGCACUGACCAGUUAGGGAAAUUUGUCCGACCACGCUUCACACAGCCAGCCAAGAUGAGGAAGCGCGUGAUAGCCAGGCCAGUGGGCAGCUCAGUACGGCUGAAGUGCAUGGCUAGCGGGAACCCUCGUCCAGAUAUCGUGUGGGUGAAGGACAGCAAGCCGUUGACCCCUGGGGAGGUGGGUGAGAGCCGUAAGAAGAAGUGGACUCUGAGUCUGAAGAACCUGACCCCUGAGAACAGUGGGAAGUAUACCUGCCACGUUUCCAACCGGGCUGGAGAGAUCAACGCCACAUACAAAGUGGAAGUCAUCCAGCGGACAAACUCCAAGCCCAUCCUGACCGGCACUCAUCCGGUGAACACCACAGUAAACUAUGGUGGCACAACCUCGUUCCAGUGCAAGGUGCGCAGUGACGUCAAGCCGGUGAUUCAGUGGCUGAAGCGGGUGGAGCCGGGGAACGAGAACAAGUACAACUCCACCAUCGAGGUGGGCGACCAUCGCUUCGUGGUGCUGCCCACGGGAGAUGUAUGGUCCAGGCCAGAAGGCUCCUACCUCAACAAGCUGCUCAUCACCCGCGCCAAGGAUGAGGAUGCUGGCAUGUACAUCUGCCUGGGCGCCAACACCAUGGGCUACAGCUUCCGCAGUGCCUUCCUCACUGUGCUGCCAGAUCCAAAGCCUCACCACAUCCCUGUCCCCACAGCCAUCUCUCCUAGCCUGCCCUGGCCUGUGAUCAUUGGCAUCCCAGCCGGCGUGGUGUUCAUCCUGGGUACUGUUCUGCUGUGGUUCUGCCAGUCCAAACACCAUUGCUCCUCUGGAAGGGUAGUUACCACCCACGCCUCACAGCGCCCGUCCCCCCGGGUGUCAGCCUGUCCACCAUCUAGCGGGGACAAAGACUGCCUGGGCUCUCUCACCUACGAGGAGUACAUUACCCAGCAGCAGCAGCUCCUUCUGGCCCAGGGAGGCAAUGGCCUGGAGGUCCCCAAAGUCUACCCAAAGAUCUACACGGACAUUCACACACACACCCACUCACACGUGGAUGGCAAAGUGCACCAACACCAGCACAUUCACUACCAGUGUUAGUUGCCACUGUCUCGACAGGGAUGCUCAUAUGUACAAAAGCACUAACUAAUGCAGUGUUGGGUCGGCUCCCACCACCUACACCUUCGCCUCCUCCACGUGCCCAGUCCUGCCUUGAUCCUACAGACCCAGACAAACAGUCUGAGCCCGGGUGCUCACACAAACCCCCUGACUGCUACAUACUGUUCUUUACUGAACAAAGCCUAGGGGAACAUGGAUCCAGUCAGGAUAGAACCCUCCAUGAGGUACAGAACAAGGGACAUGGCAAUGCCGUUCAGGAAUCCCACAUGUAAUAAUGUGAGUCCAAAUGGAGUAACAUUUCAUACAGACAUUUCACAUUAAACUCCACUCUGCAGAGAAAUAGAAACAUUUGUUUCUCUAGUCUAGAACAAUAUGAGCAAACUCACAGUGGCUGAAAUAAGUGAAUGUAUACAUUUAGCUAUGUCUCAUUUGAGAGUCUUUACUCUGUAUGAAAAUGGCAGCAUUUCCUGCAACACCCCAUCUCCUCUCCACCCUGCUUUCAUGUGCAGUGACUUUGGAAGGGGCUAAGAGGAUCAUGUACAUUAGCUCUGGAUUUUUGUCAGAUGCACAACCUCAGCGAGUAACAAAAGGAGUAAGGUGCGAUAUAAAGUGUUUGCAGAUUUUAUGGUUUGGUAAUGGGUUAAAUCAGAAUCCUCAUGUGCCAUCCUGAGUACCUCAGAAGCAGGUCAACCUGCAGAGACAAAGCGUGAUUGAGUAAACAAAGGUCGAAUGUAUUCUGUUUCUCAAAAUGGUUAUCGUCAAGGAAAAGGACCUGCAAGGCAUUACAAUAUAUAUUUGUCUAUUGUAUGUGUACGUGAAUGGAAAAUUAUUUAUCUGUAGUAGGAAAUGGUAUGAAAUCCUUUAAAGAAGGUUUCUUUACUGGAGAUAAAGGUCCCUAAAGCGUGAAACACACUGCCGACCCGGUAGCAUUGUUUCUACUUGUAGAAUUGCAAUAAUGUUCAGUGGCCACGACUUUGAGCCAAUCAGAGAGCAUGAACCCCCACGUGGGGAACCCAACGAGUGACAACAUAAAGGAAAAAAGAGGGCAUUUUCUCUGUACAUCCACGGUCAUGAGUCAGUCACACUUCAUAUGCAACGUAGGCUAUGGAGGUCUUCACGGGUCCAAAAUGUUCUGAAAUGGACCUGGGGCUUUCGCACCCUGACCCAAUAUAAAUACAUUUUUAUUUAGAGACCCGAACAGACGCGACGAGAUCCGUUCCGAACAGACCUGGUCGGAGACAAACCUGGUUAGAUCCGAGUAAGGGAAGCAGCAAAAAAGUCAUUUUUUAAACUACUUUAUUAACCGGAGCUAAUCAAGCGUGGUGGGAGAGAGAGGUGCCGCUCUAGCAGGUGGUGGAGCAUGGAGGGAGACAGCAACCAACCAAGCCAACUUACGAGAUAGUAGACUAAUUGCUUCCAUAGCUAGAUUAUUUAUCAUCAAAUAUGAUACUUGUCUUGACUGCAUCAAGCCGGGAAAAGCUAGCUAACUUUACCUAGCUAGGCUAAUUGAGGCUGCGGGCAUGUGCUUUCUCAUCGUACAGUUACAAAUAACAACAACUCCAUUCGGAAUAUUAAGUAGCAGCCUUCCCGUUGGCUCUUGGUUGUUGUAGCCUAUCCUUCUUUAACUUUUAAUUCCGGCAUUUUUAUUCCAUCUUCCAUUAGAUAUCUCCUAAAUGUGCCACACACUUUUGGUUCUAGGACUGAAUAGCCUAUUGCCGCUUUGAUUGGCCAACAACAACAAGCUACAUGCGCCACGCUCCACUUGUGAAAAACAGGAUAAAUGAUCAACAUUUUCUCUCUCUCUACAGAGUCGCAUUCGGAUAUGUACAGGCUCUUCCGGACAAGUCAGUUAAAAUUACACAUACCGGCGGCCUUUGACAAUCAGAUCCGAACCAGACCCGUGACAUUAUUUAGAAUUCUGGAUCCGGACCUGCUCGGGUCUUGGGUAUUCAGGUACAGGUGGAUCCUUGAAGACCUCUAGCACAGACGCAUUGCACACAACACUGAAUACUUCUUCCAAUUUACUAACCACUGUAGCUAGUAUUGACAUUUGUUGAUAAAAGGAUAUGUAGAAGGGUGAGCCGGUUAAGGAUCGAUUCAGACAAGGUGGUAAAAUUGUACUACAAGCGACAUUUUAUUCAGAGUGAGAAUAUCUGGUACACGUAAAUACGGCCCUUCCGUUAGCCCAUCAGACCAGCAGGACACAAUUUAUACAGAACGGAAAGUAGGUUGAUCCUGGAAUAUCGGAUCUUUGGAUUGGUUCAACUGGGGUGUAGUCUGUAGUCUUCCGCCAUUGGCUCAGUUGUCCGUCCGUCAUCGUAGAAUCCUCUUCGGGCACAGUGUUCGGCUAAAAGGGAGAUUAUGUGUGUAAUGUGGGAGCUAUCCUGUAGGGGACCCCACAGCCUUUACUGUGAGAAUACGUUGCUAUGUGUUGUCUCAGUUAUAACAAUGCAAUAGCAGUAAGCUGAUCACCUGCAUAAGAAAUAGCACUUCCUAACACAUUAUAAUUAAAUCACAAUGGAUUCAUUUACAUGAAACAGUUGCCUGUGUUAGCUGUCGAGUUAGUGUUGUGUCCUUAGCUAGCUAUGUUGUGCUAGUUUGCGAAUAUGCUGACUUUAACUAGCUAGCUAAACAUUUUGGCUAUGGGCUAGCACUGGCACUAUGGGAUUAUGGAGAGUGAAUUAAAUUGGUCUGACCCGGACCUCCUGGGCACCUAAUCACAAAAGAGUCACUCAAUUCUUGAAUGCUCGUCCCUACUUACCACAGCCACAAAGGCAUACAGGCCACCUAUUCUUACAAUUUCUCCAAUUAAAAUGUGAUAAUAAACCUAAUCCUAAAUUUAACCAUAAACACACUUUUAACCUUAUACCUAACCUUAAAUUAAGGCCACAAGCCAAUGUUGGUUUAAAUGAAGUUUUACUAUAGACAAGGUGACUUUGUGGCUGUGGUAACAAACCCUUUUUAAUUCUCAGGUGACAAUCUUUAUUUUUGUCUCUUGUACUUUGGAUGUGUGUGUAUAAUGUGUGCAUAACUCUGACCACUAUAUGAAAGUGUGUAAUAUGUAUUUGACUGCUCAUGUAAUGGCACCCUUUUUAAGCUUUGGGAAGGGUGACGGAAAGCUUGCCAAAAACCAAAUAACAGUAUGUCAAGAUUGCUGCCAUUGUCUGAAAAGUGUCCUCAGCCGAAUUGUUAAUUUGUUUUAUCCCAGUGUUUAUGUGUCAAAGCUAAUGGACUGCCAGAUUAUUAAUCCAUGCACUUAUUCCAAGUAUGUUGAUAGUGUUAAAGUUAAGCUAUUGCCCUCAGCUUUCUUUUGAGGAAUCUAGGACCAUGGAAUAUCCCAUGUCCCAUGUCGAAUUGACUUAAACAUGUCAAUCCUGUAAUUGUCUAGACUAAGACAGUGUAUUUAAUUUAUUUUCAUAAGCAAGAUAUUUUUUCUCCUACAAUUAAGCAUUAUGUCAUUUUUGUAUCCCCAAAAAAGACCAACUCGUCAGAUUACAUUUUGUCUUAUAGUUACAGUGUAAGCUAUAUAGCAAAUACAUAAGUGUAAAAAAUAUUUAUAUGUGCCGUUCAGAUAUAUGGUAAUCUUUGUAUUGACAAUCUUGUACAGUCUAUUGUCUUUUAGGUUAAAAAAUAUUUUUGUCACAUGGAAACAUUUUAAUCAUUUUAUUAUCACCAUUAAAAUGACAGUAAAU